AUGUUACUGCAACUAGGAAACCUAGCUGAUUUCUUAUCUUCCGGUGGGUUAGAUGCUACUGUAAAAGAUAACAUCACUAUGUCCUUGGUGGCUUCCACUACAGAAGUCAUUCAGUCGGCUUAUUGGAAAAGAGUUCUUCCAAUCCCCGACGAUGGACUACUUUCCCCCCUGAUGCCGUGCCUUACUCCUGUUACGAAACUGUUAUCGGUGAUCCGGGUGCCCACGUGGGGCAGACCGUCAGCCCUAAGAGGCCAGAUAUCGUGCCGUAGUUAUCGCUUAGCCUUGAGGCCACUCGACACUAUCGGUUCCUCUUUAUUUGUCCGAGAUAGACUAUCACUCUACGGGAACAGUGGUGAUUCUAAUGAUUCACUCUGA